UGCUUUUGGAUAAACAGAAAUCACUCUCUUUUUUACUUUCUUUUGUUUGGUGAGUUUAUUUGAAAAUCUCUUUCUGUUUUUCUCUUUCUUUCUCAGAAUAUCUUUAUCUUCAUACAAUUGUUAUCACCAAUUUCAUCUUCAUCACCACCUUUAUCAUCAUCAUAUUCCAACUGAGUAGAGACAAAGAAAAAAAUAAAGUCCAUUGAUCUUGUUUAAUUCGAUAAGAUUUCCUUUUGUUUGUUUGCAUCAUUUUUUUCUCUCUCUCUCUCUUUCUCUCACUAUCAUCAUUUAUAAUCGGUUGUUUUCUUGAAAUCUGUGGUUUCAAAUUGUAAGUGUAGUGGCAUCGCCUCUCUCUUUCUCUCAAUUGCUCUGGUUGGUUUUCUUUUUACCUGUUGAUAUACACCGAAACACAUAUUCAUACACACAUCAUGGCUUCGGAUGGUUUUAGCCGGAAAAUGCGUCUCAAUAAUUUUAAGAAUCGUGGUAAGGAUGCAGAAGAGAUGAGACGUCGUCGGAAUGAGCAAACAGUUGAAUUGAGGAAGAAUAAGCGUGAAGAGUCAAUCCUUAAGAGACGAAAUGUACCAAUAACGGAUGCACCCGUGGACACCGAUGAUGAACAAUGGAGAUCAACCUUCAGCAGUUUAACGGAGAUUGUUGCAAGUGCCGCAUGUGGUCAACUUGAGGCUAAAUUAAAUGCGGUGCGAGCGGCUCGUAAGCUGCUCUCAAGUGAUAAAAAUCCACCCAUCGAUGAGCUAAUUGGUUCGGGUAUAUUACCAAUUUUAGUUGAAUGUUUAAAACAUACAGAUUCCCAAUUACAGUUUGAAGCGGCUUGGGCAUUAACCAAUAUUGCCAGUGGUACAUCAGAACAGACUCAAGCCGUUGUUGAAUCAGGUGCUGUGCCCAUUUUUCUGGAUCUUCUUCACUCUUCAAGUGAUAAUGUCUGUGAACAAGCGGUUUGGGCUUUAGGUAAUAUUAUCGGUGAUGGUCCCCGACUUCGAGACUAUUGUAUCAAAUUGGGUGUAGUUAAGCCUCUUCUAUCACUAAUUGAACCUGAAAUGGCUUUAUCAUUUUUACGCAAUGUAACCUGGGUAAUUGUUAAUCUUUGCCGGAAUAAAGAUCCACCACCACCAAUAGAAACCAUCCAGGAGCUUCUUCCAGCUUUAGCUUACCUGAUUCACCAUGCAGAUAUUACAAUUUUGGUUGAUACAGUUUGGGCCUUGUCCUAUUUAACCGAUGGUGGAAAUGAACAGAUUCAAUUAGUUAUUGACUGUGGAAUUGUUUCCAACCUUGUACCACUUUUGUGUCAUAAAGAAGUUAAAGUUCAAACAGCAGCUCUACGUGCUGUUGGUAAUAUAGUUACCGGUACCGAUGAACAAACUCAGGCUGUUCUAAAUUGUAAAGCAUUAAGCUAUUUUCCUGCUCUCCUUGAACAUCCAAAAGAAAAGAUUAACAAAGAAGCUGUUUGGUUUUUAUCCAAUGUUACCGCUGGUAAUCAACAACAAAUUCAGGCAAUCAUUGACGCUAACCUAAUUCCUGGUAUAAUCCGACAUCUUGCCCGAGGUGAUUUUCAAACGCAACGUGAAGCAGCCUGGGCGAUAACCAAUAUGACCAUUUCAGGAAACAAAGGACAAAUUGAAUACCUUGUCUCUCAUGAAGUGAUCGCACCAAUGUGUGAUCUAUUAUCGGUUAAAGAUGUUCAAAUACUUCAAGUGGUCUUGGAUGGACUGAUGAAUAUACUAAAAAUGGCGGGUAAAAAUUUCUAUCCCGUUGCUGAUCAGAUAGAGAAAUGUGGUGGUCUAGAUAAGAUUGAACUUUUACAAAAUCAUGAUAAUCCUGAUAUUUAUAGACUUUCCUAUGAAAUAAUUGACUCAUUUUUCUCAGAUGAUAAUGAUGAAGAUGCCUCACUUGUACCAACAUCUAAUGAUGGUACCGGAUUUCAAUUUGGUAAUGCCAAUACACUUCCCGAUAAAAGAUUUAACUUUUGAUCUUGAUGAUGAUAUUGAACCAUAACAAACAAAGUACAUAAAUAUAACAACAACAUCAACAACCGAUAUCAACUUCGCUAGCAACAGAAAAUCAAGCAAAGAAAAUUCAUCAAUCCUAAAAAUCAAAAGACAAGACCCAACCCAACCCAACCAAUUGGAAUGGAACUUAAAUUGUCUCAUCACUGGGCAAUUGUGAAAUUUGACAUCAAAGUUGCGGAAUAAUUAUAACCUUCUAAUUGGUCAACUCUGAUUUUCUCUCUACAUCUCCCACUCCCACUCUCUCUCUCUCUCCAAUUUCCUUAGCCUUUUUUCAGCUAUAAAAUGCUGAUUUAUUUCUGAAAUCGAGAAAUUUUCUCGUAACAGUCAGAGUUACAUAGAUGAUGACGCAUAUAUAUUCCAAAAACAAAACAUCAGCAAUUAAGCAAACAAAGCACAUGAUGAACUUGCCUAAUUAGUAAUCCAUCUUUGCUUGAUUUUUUCUCUCCUCUCAUUUUUCUCUCACUUUCUCUCUCUCUCUCUCUCACACAUACAUACACAUUAAGCUUUUCACGAGCUUUCUGUCGAUCUUAAAUCAAUCGCUCUAAUUGUAAGAAAAAGAAAAACUUAAUAUUUAUAAAUUAAGAUUAACAAAAAUUGUACGUAAAUUUAAAGACAAUUAAGAAUUGGAAUAUAUACUCCAUCUAUGUAAAUCUGAUUGAAAUUCUGUGUUAUUCAAAUUUCAAUUCCUCCUCUUAUCAUUUCCUUUUCCUUUACUUAUAUUAUUUUUUUUUCUCCCAAAACUCUCCGCCAAAUCGACCGCCGCCACCACCACUACACCUCCCAUAUGAUUUUCUGUGUAUUUGUAGACAAAGAUUGUGACAAUUUGUUUUCUCCAUUAUAAGAAAACAAAACAAAUUGAUUACGAUGGACAUGGAUUCCUCCGACAAACUUGAAACCCUCAUCACAAUUAACCAAACUAAACCUUGAUGAUGAAAACCACAAAUGUGUUUUUUUUAAUUAACAAUCUAAUUAACCAACAAGAUUCCCUUUGCCUACACAAAAACAAAUAUAAACAAGAAAUUAAGGUUGACCAUA